AUAAUGAACCUGGCAAGCGUGCUUCUUUUACUGGCCGCUUGCCACCUAUCAGUGUCUGUAAAUGGACAAGAACACAAAGAAGCAAUUGAAUUAUCCAUGGCAAAUCAUGAUCAUGUUCUUGGAAGUGCUCAGGUAGUAUUUGUUGCUUUCUGUGCUGAUUGGUGUCCAUUCUCCCGUCGCCUUAAACCGAUUUUCGAAGAAUCGGCACGUGUUUUCCAUCAAGAAAAUCCACAAGCUUCUGCCGUCUGGGCUAUUGUAGAUAGUCAGCGACAGGCUGAUAUUGGAGACAAGUAUUUUGUGAAUAAAUAUCCAACUAUGAAAGUUUUCGUUAAUGGAGAGCUUAUCACAAAAGAAUAUAGGUCAACUCGUUCUGUGGAGGCACUUACCAAUUUUGUCAAAUUCCAACUUUCAACAGCUAUCAAUGAGUUUUCAUCUCAAGACCAAUUAAAUCAAGAAAUGGAUAAAUCGAAGAGAAAUGUUGUUGCUUGGUUGAAGAAGGAUGGACCAGAGUUUGCCAAUUUGAAGAAAGUUGCAUCAAUUCUCCGCGAAGAUUGCUCAUUCUGGGUUCCAACUGAUCACUUUGGAACACAAACAAAUGAUAACAAACUAUCUUUCUUUGAUCCAGAUAGCAAUGAAGAAGCCAAAUUCACUGGAAACUUCAAUGAUUAUGAUUUUGUAAAACAAUGGGUCACUGAUAAAUGUAUUCCAUUGGUUCGUGAAGUAACAUUCGAAAAUGUCGAGGAACUCACUGAAGAAGGAAUGCCAUUCCUCAUUUAUUUCCGUGAUCCUGAUAACAAAACAACUGAUAAAGUAUUUGGAGAAGCUGUUGCUCGUGAACUUUAUGAUCAAAGAUCUGCAAUUAAUCCACUUCUUGCCGAUGGACAUAAAUUUGCUCAUCCAUUGAAACAUCUCGGAAAAACAAAGGAAGAUCUUCCAGUUCUUGCGAUUGAUUCAUUCCAGCAUAUGUAUCUAUUCCCUGAUAUGACACAAAUGAAUAUUCCAGGUAAACUUAGAGAGUUUGUUAUGGAUCUUCACUCUGGAAAGCUUCACAAGGACUUCCACGAGAACCUUGAUCAACGAAUGAUCGAGCUCGCCAAGGCAAAAGCUGCACGUGGAAUCACUGAUGAUCAUGAAGCUCAAGCUCCAUCUACUCGUCCAAUUGACACAACACCACCUCCAUCAGUGUUCAAAGAGCUUAAGCCAUCUGAUAAACGGUAUUCGAUCCUUCAAAAGUCGGAGCUCUAAAAUAUUUUUUUUAUAAUUUCUUCUUUUCUCUUCUUCGGGUUCUCUUUUCGUAUUUGUGAUACUUUCAUUCACUUGUUUAAAAUCAUUUUUGGAAUUCUAAAGCAUGUUUUUGUUCUUUUAAAAUUUUAAUAAUAAAUCAUAUUGGUUU